AUGAAAUUGCACACGCCUGAUGUGUUCAAAUGUGAGUACUGUGCAAAAACGUUUCAAUUUGGACAAAGCCUUGAGGCACACCUUUUGAGUCACACGUCUGAGAAGAAUUUGUCGUGUGAUUCUUGUGGGUUCCAUACUAAGUUUGUUAGCCAUAUGAUAGCGCAUAAGAGAAUUCACGCGGCUGAACUUCAUCGAUGUUCCUACCCUCAUUGCAAAUAUACAACAUCGAAGAAAGCUCAAUUAUUAAGCCAUGCAAAAAGUCAUAACGGUGCAAGGCCUCAUACUUGUGGCGUUUGCGGACGAGGUUUUAUGGAAAAAUCUCAUUUAGUACGUCACGAACGAAUCCAUUUAGAAGAGAAACCAUUUAAAUGUUCCCAUUGUGACUAUGCCAGUUCAAGAAGGGAUAAAUUAAAGGAACACUACACUAGACAUCAUGGAGAAAACGCAUCGGCCAAAGUUCCAUAUAAAGCAAGGCCAUUAAGGACAAACGGAAGUGCGGCUAAAUCCCGUGCAACCAAUCAAGAUAUUUCAUCAACUACAUCGAACACAAAUAGUAAUAAUUUUACUCAUACAAAUAGUACGUCUGUAGCCCCGUCGAAUCAGGAAGUGAGUUCGGAUAUUCAUGAAUUAAUUAUGCAACAUCAGAGUCAUUCUACGUCAACUGCUACCAAUUUAACAGUAUUAAACUCAACCUAUCAUCAUUUUGGCGCAAGUGAUGCUAGCGAUUUCCAUCAAGCCCAUACCGCACACGCACAACUGGCAAAUGCAAAUAAUAUAACUCAUCGAUCAGGUACUGCUGGUAAUAACACACAGCAAACCAAUAAUGCCAUCGUAAAUCAUCAUAUGCUGACCACGGCUACUGCAAGGUCUAAUCCUUCCACUGCUACAUCUACUGCGGCCGCGGUAGCUGCAGCUAUGAUGUUGGAUCCCAGAUUCCAUCAUAAUUCUUCAGUACCAUAUCAUCCUCCAAGCACACCAGUAUCUAUGGCCAUGGCCGUCGUUCAGUCAUCUCAGAUCCAAUCUUCAAAUCAACAGUCUCUACAGAAUUGUAUGCCGUUAUUUUAG